AUGACGAUAUUUACCCCUAAGCAGGGAGCUGCAUCCAACCACAACGUGGCGUCCAACCAUACUCAAAAACGCCGCGCAACAUCUUCGAGCCCUCCCCAAUCGAUGGAAAGCAAGAAAACAACAACCCUCGACGUUACUAGUCUCAACGCAGACCAGAAGCGGCCUAUCUGUGCGACAACAUUCGGCAUCGAAUUUGAGCUGAUACUCGCCUUUCACGAAGAUAUGUUGAAAACAACUCUGUCCGAUUACAACAUUGAAGCCAAAAUCCGGAAGACUUUUGAAUACGAAAAACACGCAGAACUACUUGGACAAUACGGAAAUCUAUUCCUUUCAAAUCACUCCCACAAUUUUGAUCGCCAGUACCCAUCAUGGGCCUUGCAAGUACCCAAGACGGACGCCAUCCUCGAAACAAACCACUAUCACCUGAAAUACCCCACCAGUCUCCAGAAAAGUGAUGUUCUUCGCCGAUACGUAAUGGAACCGCUCCUCAUCGCCAAACGCGGUCUUGACAUUAAUGCUUUACCCUGCAAUGCUGUCGGAUGGGCCCAAUCCAAUGGUCAAACCUCUGUCGAAGUCUACCCCAACCAACUUGAGAAUAUUUUGAUUCGAAAUACUUCUCUUGAUUACACCAAGUGGACGCUCACUAACGAUGACACGCUCAUUGGUGCUUUGAAGAGUCAGAUUACAUCAUAUCUAUCGAAAAAGAACAUAAAUAAAGACUCCUGGUCUUCUUGGGACAGCCACGGAAUCGAAUUGAUUUCGCCGAUAUUUACACUUACCAAAAAAGACGAAGCCUUGGAACAGAUCGGAAAGUAUCUCAAAGCCCUGGACAGCACUCAAUUGACAAUUCUCCCUUCGGUAUGGGCGAGUACUCAUGUUCAUAUUGGCUUCGAUUACAGCAGUGCAAGCCACAUUUCCACUCCUCUCUUUCAACAUCUCGCCUAUAUCCUUCUUUUACACGAGGAUCUGAUAUCGAAGUGCUUCCCUAAAAGCCGCUCUGGAAUCAUCGCCAAGGAACCAAAAACCCCCACAGAACCAAUCACACCAUUCGACUCAGAGGAUGCAACAGCGAAUGAUGAACAGCGUGUUCUUUCCAUGGAAGCAAAAUAUACUGGAAUCGAUAAUGUCGAAUCCAAUCUAGAACACUUCUGUGAUCAAACGGGCGUCGACCUGAACAGCACCGAGCAACAAGAUAACACAAUGGAGGACCACAUAUUCCAAGAGCAGUGCAGCAUUUUCAGCUUGAUCAGACUACUACAGAAGUGCGACCCACACAAGAGUCAAGAAUUUGGGGAGUGGGACGCUCCACGUUUCCGUGGAUACAUCUAUAAUUUCGCCAACCUCUGGGCAUUCGCGGAGGGUGGGACAAACGACAAGCCAGCGAAACCCACUGUUGAAUUCCGACAACACGACUGCACGACAGAACCUGGCGUCAUCAAACACUGGAUUAUCUUUCUUGAGGCUCUCAUAAGAGUCGCGGAGGAGAAAUCACUUGAAACGACAAAAUUUUACAGCAAGACGCAACUCGACAUGACCAAGCCAUAUUCUGCACAGCAGAGGGACAAAUAUCCGACUAGGGAGGGGAGCAGCUAUUCAUGGGCUUACGACAACAUGUAUCAAUUUUGUGCUCGGUUUUUGGGAUUGGAUAAGGAAGAGGCCACUUAUUGGCAAGGACGGUUUGAUCUACACAAGGACGAUAGACCAAUGAGGAACAGUGAAUGA